AUGGCUUCUCUGAAUGAACAGCUCACGACAUUGAUCGGAAAUUACACAGCCUGUGAUGUGUCAGAUGCCCUUCUCAAGCUGCAGAAAGUACCAGAAGGGAACGCACCACGAGCAGGAUAUCUAGCCGAUCUCAAUCCCUUCUCCCCGAUAGCCGGAAGAAACGACACUGCGCAGAAAAUUGCCGCUCCAGCAACUACCUUCAAGUUCAUCAAUAAAGGCGACAGCCCACCAGCGAUUGCCGUUGAGAAUCCCGAGAAGCAUGGAUUCCCGCCGGGAAAGCACUGGGUAGACUAUGUAGGUGAGUUUCAGAAUAGGGACCCAAGUAAUGCGGGGUCCAUUAUUGUGAUCGAGCAGCCGGAUGAACAGUACUGUGCCGUGACGGGCGGUAUCAUGGCGACGAGAAUGAAGUUUUUGGGUAUUAAAGCUGCCGUUGUGGGUGGGCGAGUGCGAGAUUUGAGGGAGCUUCAAGAAACAGGGCUUCCGAUCUGGGCGCGUGCCACUUCGACUGUUGGUACGGGGGCUGAAGCUAAAGCUGCAGUGCGCAAUGUGCCCAUCACAAUUGGGGGAGUUUCUGUGUCACCGGGCGAUAUCAUCUUCUGCGACCCGAUGGAGGGUGUGGUGGCCAUUCCACGCGAUUUACUAAGCGCCGUCCUUGAGGUCAUGCCUAAAUUGAUUAGUAUGGAUGAUCAGGCAAAGGGGGCCGUGGCACAGGGAAUGAGUGUGACAGAUGCUUUCAAGAAGUUCCGAGCAUAA